UUAUGAAAUCACGACAAACCAUCGUCCAAACAAGAGCUUGAGGAGUAGUAUCUUUGGAUAACCGUGUAGGCAGCGCUGACUAGAGCGGCAAACAUAUGGUUUCAAUUUCAAAAUGCCCUUUCACUUUCUACCCAAAAUCAAACCAUUUCUUCUGUCAACCAAUAAAACCCUUUCAAAACCCCUUUGUGUACGGUACGGCAUCAUGUCUUGGUCAUGUUCAAUAUGCACAUUCUUGAACCCUCCAGCACAAAAGUCAUCUUGCCAAAUCUGCUCAUCUGACUCACCAUUAUCAAUCUCCUCAUCAUCAUCUGACCCAAAACCCAAAUGGCCAUGUAGAGCUUGUACCUUUAUAAACCCUUAUAACAGUAUACACUGUGAAAUCUGUGGUACUAGGGUUUCGGCUUCUGGACUCGCUACACUUGAAAUUGAUGAAGAUGAUGAGUUGGCUUCUUCUGUUGGCAAUGUGUUCUGGCCUUUGAGGUCUUGUCACAGUAAGGGGAAAAUAACUAGGAAGGUGCUUGAAGAUGAUGUGAAGGAGGAGUCUGUUAGAUUUAGAUGCGCAAAUGCUGCAACCAAGAGGAAGUAUUCAGUUGGGGUUGAAGAGGAUGAGGUUGAUGCUAUGGGGUAUCGGGAUGUAAAGGCUGCUGCAAGUAAAGUAGUUGAAAUAUCAGAUUCGGUGGAACAGGGACUAGCCAAAACUUUCUCAACCAGUAAAUCCAAAAUGUUGAAGAUCUUGACCUACAAUGUGUGGUUUGCAGAUAUAGAGAUGCACAAGAGGAUGAAAGCUUUAGGCGACCUUAUUGCGCUGCAUUCUCCAGAUGUUAUAUGUCUUCAGGAGGUCACUCCAGAAAUACAUGACAUUUUUCAGCACUCUGAUUGGUGGAAAAUGUAUUCUUGUUCAGUUUCAAAUGUGAUGGAAGUGACGAGAGGAUACUUCUGCAUGCAGAAAUUGCAGUUGAGCAAACUUGCAGUGAAAUCCUACAGUAGCAAGCCAUUUAGCAAUUCUAUAAUGGGAAGGGAACUCUGUAUUGCUGAGAUUGAAGUUCAGAAAGAUAUGACCUUGGUCGUUGCUACCACCCAUCUUGAGAGUCCCUGCCCUGGACCACCCAAGUGGGAUCAGAUGUACAGCAAGGAACGCGUGGAGCAAGCCAAGGAAACUGUGGAGUUACUUGAGAGAAAACGGAAUGUAGUCUUUUGUGGUGAUAUGAACUGGGAUGACAAAUUUGAUGGUCAAUUUCCUCUACCUGAUGGAUGGAUUGAUGCUUGGGGGAAAAUGAAGCCCGAAGAAAUUGGAUGGACAUAUGACACCAAGUCAAACAAAAUGUUAAGCGCUAACAAGACACUGCAGAAACGUUUGGACAGGUUUGUUUGCAAACUGCAAGAUUUCUGUGUAAGUGAUAUUAAGAUGAUUGGGAAGGAUGCAAUUCCAGGUCUCACUUAUAUCAAGGAGAAGAAAGUUAAGAGUGAAGUUAAGAGACUGACACUACCUGUUUUGCCUAGUGAUCAUUAUGGUUUACUUUUGGAGAUCUCUCCUCAGUAGUCCAAAGUUGAGAGAUGUAUUGUUUAUUGUUCUCAAUGUAUCAUACUUCACUGUGCAGAUUGUCUAUAUGCCCAGUAAUCAAUGUAAUAGGGUCUUAAAAGCUUUUGCAGAGCACUUUUUGGGGUACAUUCCUAGUGCUCAUGUUUGCACAGGAAAUUCGAAGAAUGAAAUUUUUAGUCUAUA